AUGGGCCUAUUAGUUCGAAAGAAAAGGGAGAGAAGGAGAGAUAGAUUGGAGGGAAAACAACCAGGUGAGAGGAAUAGGAAGAAGAUGGAGAAAUCGAGAGUUGGAAAAAGAAGAAGAGAGACAAAGAUAAGAGAAACAAAGGAGGAGAGAGAUAGAGCAAGUACUACUGCAUUCAGGUACAAGGUUGAGCAUCACCACUCUUCUCCUUAUCGCCCUCAGGCUAAUGGUUCAGUAGAAGCUGCGAAUAAGGAGAUUAAAAGAAUACUGUCGAAGAUGUGUGAAAGGUACAAAAGUUGGGCCGAGAAACUUCCUUUCACGCUCUGGGGACCUCGCACUACCUUCAAAUCAGUGAAUGGAGCUUCUCCUUUUGAACUUGAAUAUGGAAUGGAGGCAGUGUUACUGAUAGAGCUCGAAAAGAAGUCUCUCAGAGUUUUUGUGGAAGCUGGUCUGAUCGAGGAAGAAUGGGUCAAGAAAAGGUAUGAAGAUUUGGUGCUUUUAGAUGGAACAAGAUUGAAUGCUCGAUUCCUCCUUCAUUUCUAUGGAUUACUUUUUGAAUUCCAUGAACUUUGA